AUGGAGCAGCCGAGCUCGAGGAUCAUCCCGGACAUCAGCAGCAAAGUGCAGCUGCACGGCGUUCUGUGGAAAAGGUCCUCCGGAAGACCAUCACCCAAAUGGGCUCGGAGGUUCUUCAUCAUCAAAGACAGCUUUCUGCUCUACUAUGCUGAAAAUGAAAAAAGAAACUUUGAAGCCAAUAGAUUGUUCAACAUUCAUCCCAAGGGAGUUAUCCCUCUGGGCGGAUCUAUGGUCGAGCCAAAGGAGGAACAGGGCAUGCCGUUUGCUAUGGUUGUCAGCCAUGAGGAUUUUAUUGGGGACAUAGUGAUAGCAGCAGAGACAGAGUCAGAGCAGGGCCAAUGGCUGGAGAUGCUGGAGGAGUCAGGAAAAGUCACCUGGAAGAACGCCCAGCUCGGAGAGGCGAUGAUUGAGAGUCUGGAAGCUCAGGGACUACAGCUGGCCAAAGAGAAACAGGAGUACCUGGAUAAACUCAUGGAGGAGACCGAAGAACUGAGCUUACAGAGAGAACAGAAGGCGGAGCUAGAGCGGCUGAAUCAGGUGCUGGAGGAGGAGAAGCAGAGAUUUGAGGAGGUGCUGAUUGAACUUAGAGCCGAGCAGGAGCAAAUCAAGCGGGAUUUGGACGGAACGUCUCGGUCUCUGAAAGGAGUCGAGUCUGAGAAAAAAGAGCUUAACAGUCUGACCACUCGACUACAGCGGUCUCUCGAGGAGCUGUCUAAGGAAAAGCAGCGUACUCUGGAGAUGCUCAAAGAGAAACCGAUGGAUGGUGUUGACUCUAAGAAAGAAGCUUCGGCUGCUGUCUCGAAAUGCCCAAAGCCACAGGAGCAGCUGAGGAACAUUGAGGAACACAUGAUGUUUCUACUCUGUGAAAAGAAGCAAGCAGAAGAAAGGAUGAAAGAGAACGAGCAGCGAGCCCAUGUGCUGCAGGAGGAGAGAGAGUUUUAUUCAGCUCAGGCUCAAACUCUUCAGCAGUCCCUGAGUCAGAUCACAGCUGAUAAACAGCAGGCUGAAGCUGAGCUCAAGGCUGAGAUGGAGUCCAGGGCAGAGUUAGAACGCAGGCUGAAGAUGGCCGAGGAGGCGCUGAAGAACCUGGAACAGGGUCUGAAUUGUUUGGAGCGCAGCCGAGAGAGAGAUGAGAGGAUGAUAGGAGACGUCAGCCACCUCCGCAAGUUCUUCGAGGAGUGUAUCUGUGCUGCAGAGAUCGAGGCCAAGCUGCCUGCCAUCAUGAAGAACUCUGUGUAUCUGCACAAAGCCACUGCUCGCCGAAUUAAAAGCUUCCGCUUUCAGAGACAUGCUGCCAGGCAACACUGGCGGAAACACUCCCAGUCUUUUGCUGGAACACAUGGCGGGGAGACGGCCAGUCUGGAGGACCUGAAAGAGAGCACUCAGCAUCUCACCUCGGACAGCUGCUUUAGACAGCACGCCAAGACUUACAAGGCCAUCAGCAGACAGGCCACAGUGCAACCUGAGGACUGAGACCAGUGUCGGGUAUCGACACCAACCUGGUCUGAGUAAAGAUUGGCACACGUUUCUGAUAAUUUGAACAAAAUGUUGUGAGUGACUGAUGUUAGGAGGGUUAGAGAUUGGAUCAUUUCUUUUCGUGAGAAAUCUCUUGCACUAAUUAUGUGGUUGUUCGACAGACAGAAAAUCCUGACGUCUUUAAACAGCCGCUUCCUCGGUUCUAAUAACGUAUUAUUCAUUCUAUUAUAUAUAAUAUUAUAUUGGACAGAGUUCAUUCUGUUUCAUCACAAAUUUAUAAUCUUCAUGUACUUCCUCUGUGUUCAUAUUAAUUCAUUUGACUCAUCUACUUUGUUAUGUUUGCAUUUUAAGUGUUUCUCAGCUUCGUCACACUGUAAAAAUUAAUUAUUAAUAUUUACAACGUUCCUGCUGUUAUAUUGGUUUAUCUUCACAUCACACUGUACUAUAUGUUUACAUAGAAUGUGAUACUGUAUUUUUGCAGGGCAACAUAUGAGUAAUGGUAUAUUACUGUAUAUAAAAAACACACUUCUGCUCAAAACAUCUUUGCCUAA